AUGUCGCUGUCCGUGAAACCCAAUCACCGUGCUUGGUGGAAGGAGUGCUCCGUGUAUCAGAUCUGGCCAGCAUCAUUCAAAGACUCAAAUGAUGACGGUAUCGGGGAUAUUCCAGGAAUCAUUUCACAGCUCGACUAUAUCAAGAACAUUGGGGUGGAUAUUGUCUGGCUAUGCCCCUCGUACAAGUCCCCGCAAGUGGAUAUGGGCUAUGAUAUCGCCGAUUACUACAGCAUCGCCGACGAGUAUGGUACGGUCGCAGAUGUCGAGGAAUUGAUUCAGGGUUGCCACGAGCGUGGAAUGAAGCUUCUCAUGGAUCUAGUCGUCAAUCACACUAGUGAUCAGCACGAUUGGUUCAAGCAGUCUCGGAGCUCGCGAGACAACGAGUACCGGAACUGGUAUAUCUGGAAGCCUGCAAAGUAUGAUGAGCAUGGCAACCGUCAUCCUCCAAACAAUUGGGUCUCUCACUUUCAAGGUAGUGCGUGGCAGUAUGACGAACUAACAGAUGAGUACUAUCUUCAUCUCUACGCCACCGAGCAGCCAGACCUUAAUUGGGAGCAUCCUCCAGUACGCAAGGCAGUCCACGAUAUUAUCCGUUUCUGGUUAGACAAGGGUUGCGAUGGAUUCCGGAUGGAUGUGAUCAACUUCAUCAGCAAAGACCAGGCAUUCCCAGAUGCCCCAGUGAAGGACCCGCGAACCCCCUGGCAAUGGGGAGAUAAAUACUACGCAAACGGGCCUCGCUUGCACGAGUACUUGCAAGACAUUGGCAAGAUUCUCAAGGAAUACGAUGCUUUCAGCGUGGGUGAGAUGCCUUUCGUCAAGGACGAGAAAGAGGUGCUUCGAGCCGUGCAAUUCGAUCGCAACGAGAUCAACAUGAUCUUUAACUUUGAGCAUGUGGACAUUGACCACGGAGAAUUUGAUAAAUUCGAGCCGGGCAGUUGGAAAUUGACUGACCUCAAAGACUUUUUCCAGCGAUGGCAGACCUUCAUGUAUGAAAAUGACGGUUGGAAUGCUCUCUAUUGGGAGAAUCAUGACCAGCCACGAUCAAUUGAUCGUUACACCAAUGCUGAUGAGGAACAUCGUGAUGUUGCCGCUAAGAUGCUGGCAAUUGCGCUAGCCUUGCAGUCUGGCACACCCUUCGUGUAUCAAGGGCAAGAGCUUGCAAUGAGAAAUGUCCCUGCCUCGUGGGGCAUCGAAGAGUACAAGGACAUUGACUGUCUCAAUCAUUGGAACCGAUUGAUUAAGAGCAAGCACUUCGAUACCGCAGCCCAACAAACUGCCCUUCGAGAGUAUCGGAAGAAGUCCAGGGAUAAUGCACGAACCCCAGUUCAAUGGACUGACGACCCGAAUGGCGGUUUUACUGGUCCCAAUGUCAGACCCUGGAUGUCCGUGAAUGAUGACUACGUCCGAGUCAAUGCCGCAGCGGCAGUUAGUGACCCCAAUUCCUCUUAUCACUUCUGGGCAUCCGUUCUUAAGUUGCGCAAGAGGCACCUGGACCUUUUCGUGUACGGUGACUGGAAGAUCGUGGACGCUCCCAGCCAGGAGGUAUUUGCGUAUACUCGCCAGUACGAGGACCAAAAGGCUCUGAUUCUGUGCAACUGGACUGAUCAAAGUGUUACAUGGGAUGCGCUGAGCAAUGGAAUCCGCGCGGUCAAGAGCGUGCUCUUGAAUAAUUACGAACGAUCGGCGGAGGCCUCGAAGCGCUUCUCCGGAGACCACAGAGUAUACGGAAAGAUAAUCAUUCGCUCCGAAACUUCCUGA